AAUCAAAACUGGCACCAUACACGCAGUCUCUGUGCCUAGCCCUCUGAGACAGGAGACUAGGAGGAGAAGGAAGAAGCGGCAUCUUCUUUUUCUUUCAACCAAUGUCUGCGUCUCCCCUCCCUCCCUCGGGAGCCAUAUCGUCGAGAACGCCGAUCUCCCGGAGCUCUCUUCUCGGAAUCAGCGAUCUGAGCUCCGGCAUCCGGAAUGUUCACCUUCUGUCGUGCAAGACUCGGAGAAGCCGGCGAUACGGAAGGUGUCGGACUAUCAGGAACGUCGCCAGCGACAAGAGAGUGGAGAAGGAGACCGAGGAUGAAGGAAUACCAGCUGUUUCAACUUCAUUUUCACUGGAUUCUGCUUCGGUCGCUUCCAAUAUCCAAUAUCAUGCUGAAUUCACACCUUCAUUCUCUCCAAAGCAAUUUAGCCUACCCAAGGCUUAUCUGGCAACUGCACAGAGCGUUCGUGGUGCUCUUAUCAGAAAUUGGAACAAGACAUAUGAACAUUACGAGAAAGCAAAUGUGAAACAGGCAUACUAUUUGUCUAUGGAAUUUUUACAGGGUAGGGCACUUCUGAAUGCCAUAGGAAAUUUAGAGCUCACUGGUACUUAUGCGGAAGCUCUGAAAAAGCUUGGCCAUGAUCUCGAAAAUGUUGCAGGACAGGAACGAGAUGCAGCACUUGGAAAUGGAGGCCUUGGACGGUUAGCUUCAUGCUUUUUGGAUUCCCUAGCAACUUUAGAUUACCCAGCAUGGGGCUACGGGCUGAGGUAUAAGUAUGGCUUGUUCCACCAGAACAUUACAAAAGAUGGUCAAGAGGAGGCUGCAGAAAGUUGGCUUGAGAUGGGAAAUCCCUGGGAAAUUGUGAGACAUGAUGUUUCUUAUCCCAUAAAGUUCUAUGGAAAAGUUACUGAAGGUUUAGAUGGCAAGAAACACUGGGUUGGAGGAGAAGACAUUGCAGCUGUUGCAUAUGAUGUUCCUAUACCUGGGUACAAAACCAAAACAACCAUCAAUUUGCGUCUCUGGUCUACAAAAGUUCCAGUGCAAGAUUUUGACUUGCGGGCCUUCAAUGCUGGACAACAUACCAAAGCAACUGAGGCUCAGAUAAAUGCUGAAAAGAUCUGCUAUGUCUUGUAUCCUGGGGAUGAUUCUACGGAGGGUAAAAUUUUACGGCUGAAGCAACAAUAUACCCUAUGUUCUUCCUCUCUUCAAGACAUAAUAGCCCGUUUUGAGAAGAGAUCUGGACAUGCUGUCAACUGGGACGAAUUUCCUUCAAAAGUUGCAGUUCAGAUGAAUGAUACACACCCAACAUUGUGCAUCCCAGAGCUGCUUAGGAUAUUAAUUGAUGUCAAGGGCUUGAGCUGGGAGGAAGCCUGGAAAAUUACUCAAAGGACUGUUGCAUACACAAACCACACUGUCCUUCCUGAGGCAUUGGAGAAGUGGAGUCUAGAUAUCAUGCAGAAGCUACUCCCAAGACAUGUUGAGAUUAUAGAGAGGAUUGAUGAAGAGUUGAUUGGGACACUUGUUACAGAGUAUGGGACGAAGGAUCUUGAGUCAUUGAAAAAGAAGAUUUCACAAAUGAGAAUACUAGAAAACUAUCCACUACCUUCAGCAAUUAGACAGCUUUUUGACAAAUCAAAAGGUGACGCUAAGAAGGACGAUUCGAAGGAAAAAGAACAAGACAAGUCGGAUGCAAAACUUCCAAAAACAGUUCGCAUGGCCAAUCUCUGUGUUGUUGUGGGGCAUGCUGUAAAUGGGGUUGCUGCAAUCCAUAGUGAUAUUGUGAAAAAUGAAGUUUUCAAUGAUUUUUACAAGUUAUGGCCAGAAAAAUUCCAGAACAAGACAAAUGGUGUAACUCCAAGGCGAUGGAUCCGAUUUUGCAAUCCAGAUUUAAGCGAAAUAAUAACUAGAUGGCUUGGUACAGAGGAAUGGGUCCUGAAAACUGAGAAGGUAGCUGAGCUCCGAAAGUUUGCAGACAAUGAAGAGUUUCAAGCCCAGUGGGUUGCAGCAAAGCGCAACAACAAGUUGAAGCUUGUAUCAUACAUAAAAGAGAAAGCAGGCUAUGUUGUCAGCCCUGACGCAAUGUUUGAUAUUCAAGUGAAGCGCAUUCAUGAAUACAAGCGACAACUAUUGAACAUUUUAGGCAUUAUUUACCGGUACAAAAAAAUGAAAGAGAUGAGUGCUGAAGAAAGGAAGUUGAAGUUUGUUCCAAGGGUGUGCAUAAUUGGAGGGAAGGCUUUUGCCACAUAUGUGCAAGCGAAGAGGAUAGUCAAGCUCAUAACAGAUGUUGGUGCUGUCAUAAAUCAUGAUCCUGAUAUUGGGGAUCUUCUGAAGGUUAUUUUUAUUCCCAACUAUAAUGUUAGUGUUGCUGAAAUGCUGAUUCCUGCCAGUGAACUGUCGCAACACAUCAGCACUGCUGGGAUGGAGGCUAGUGGAACUAGUAAUAUGAAAUUUGCAAUGAAUGGUUGUGUGUUGAUUGGAACACUGGAUGGAGCUAACGUAGAAAUCCGUGAAGAAGUUGGUGAGGACAACUUUUUCCUAUUUGGUGCUCGCGCCCAUGAGAUUGCUGGACUGAGGAAAGAAAGAGCUGAAGGAAAGUUUAAGCCCGAUCGUCGAUUUGAAGAGGCUAAAGAGUUUAUCCGAAGCGGCGCCUUUGGAAAAUAUGACUACUCUCCCCUGCUCGGGUCCUUGGAGGGAAAUGAAGGAUAUGGUCGGGGAGAUUAUUUCCUUGUUGGCAAGGAUUUCCCAAGUUACAUUGAAUGCCAAGAUCAGGUUGAUGCUGCAUACGCAAACCAGAAAAGAUGGACGAAGAUGUCGAUCAUGAACACUGCAGGCUCCUUCAAGUUCAGCAGCGACAGGACCAUCCACGAGUAUGCCAAAGAUAUAUGGGGUAUCCUUCCUGCUCGGCCAUCUUAGAAGUACAUGCACAUGUUCGUCAAGGUGCAACCUGGAUGCCGCCUCCUGUGUUAUGUAAGCCUGUUCAUUCUUCAAAGCCUACGAAUUUAUGUACAAUUUGAUCUAAGUCGGACCAACCAUUUGGAGGUUCGAGGGGAAGCUUUUAGUUCCCCUUUCUUUGAGUCCUGUGUCUGUAAUCAGUCACAAUCCUGUAGAAUGCUUACUUCAAUGGAUGUCCCUAUCCCAAUAACAAAGAAGGGUUUAGUUU